UUGAGGAUGACCGUCGUCUCCGUGUCUUCAUGGAUAAGCGUAUGGGACAAGAGGUUCCUGGGGACAGUGUUGGAUCGGAAUUUGCUGGGUAUAUCUUCAAGAUCACCGGUGGUAACGACAAGCAAGGUUUCCCUAUGAAGCAGGGCGUCAUGCACCCUACUCGUGUCAAGCUCCUCCUCUCUAAGGGGCACUCUUGCUACCGCCCCCGCAGGACUGGAGAGAGGAAGCGCAAGUCUGUUCGUGGAUGUAUUGUAGCCGGAGACCUCGCUGUCCUUUCCCUCGUUGUCGUCAAGCAGGGUGACGGUGAUGUCGCUGGAUUGACCGAUGUUACCCAUCCCAAGAGACUCGGACCCAAGCGCGCUACCAAGAUAAGAAAAUUCUUCGGUUUAAAUAAGGACGAUGAUGUUCGCAAGUUCGUUAUUCGUCGCGAGGUCCAGCCCAAGGAUGAGGGGAAGAAGCCAUACACCAAGGCUCCCAAGAUCCAGAGGCUCGUUACCCCUCAACGCCUUCAGCACAAGCGUCACAGAAUCGCCCUCAAGAGAAGAAGAGCGGAGGCUUCCAAGGAUGCUGCGAACGAGUACGCGGCUCUCCUCGCCAAACGCGUCCAUGAGGAGAAGGCGAAGCGUUCUGAGCUACGCAAACGCCGUGCUUCUUCUAUGAGACCCGAGAAGAAGGAGAAGGCGUAAGUGUUUGUAGGUGGUGGUUCAACAAAAAAAUAAAAAAUUCUUUGGUGCGAAUGGGUGGGGUGGUCGGAACUAAACAGUGCUUUUCUUCCUCUUUUUUUCACCUGUACCUUCUUCACUGAAUAAAGUGAUAUUUUUUCA